CCUCUUUCUCUCUUUGUACGACACGUCUCCAAGAUGGCUGCACGAGGUGCCUGUCUUCUUGUGGUGUUGGCCUUUGUAGUCUGUACCAGUGCAAUUUCUCUGUCCAGUGUUUUGAGCAUUGAAGAUCAAGUUAGAUUCAAACAGACAUUCUACAAUGCUAUACCUUUCAAAGAUCUAAAGACAGCAACCUAUUCCAUCAUAGGUUUAAAACUGAUGAAGGCAGAGAUUCCUCCAACACAGUGGACACAGCUGAAGUACUCAAGGCAGUGAAGGCAGCUAUCAACUCUGAUGAAGACAGCAUCCUUGGGGCAGCAUAUGCCUUGCUCACUGCCACUCAUCUUCCUAAAGACGCUGAUGUGUCAUUCAUCACUGACUUGAUUGAGGAUACAGUAGCUCAGGCUGAUGAAGUUGACAACAGCUAUUUGCAGUUUGAAGCUGGACUCUUGACAACCUCAAAAGUGGUCUAUGCCAUUUAUUUAUACUCAGAACAAAUCAACAAGGCUCCAGCCAUCACUGAGGAACAAGUCAUCAAGUUUACCAACUAUCUUCUUACAAGGAAGCAUGUUCAAUCUGUGGAGGACUCAUGUGUUCUUUUCUCGGCCUUGGACAAGCUUGGCAACAAUGCAUUCCAUGUGCCAGUUGUAUUCCAGUUUUAUGGCUCUCCGGUUGUUUCAGAGGACAACAAAAUGGUCAAGGUUCGUGUAACUAAUGUCAUGGACAAGGCUUUUGGUAAAAUGACAGUCACUGGUACAUCUGCAGAAGAUGCAGAGGGAACAACUGUCCUUAGCAACAAAGUGUUCUCCGCUGGACCUGACAACUAUGAAUUAAACUUCAUGACGUCACGGCCAGGACCAGGAGUGUACACAAUCAGUAUCAGUGCCAAACCACACAAAGAGGACAAGCGCCUUUUGGGAGCCACUAGUGGCCAGGUUAAAGUCAAAGUUGUCACCAAGGUGACUGUAGAAGACGUGGAGUUGUCAGUUGUCGACAAAGAGCAAAACAUCAAGGCAAAGACUCUCAGCGUCAAACAUCCUGAAGCCAUCGGUAGCGUGAUCGAAGCUGAUUACCAUCAGAAGGUGGUGAUGAAAUUUUCACUAAAAAGCUCGUCAUCUGGAGAUCUGUUCACCCCGCACCAGGCCUUUGUCAGACUUACCAAUCAAAAAACGAACCAAGAAAUAUUCUUUGUCGCUGAACCAGAGCAGAGCAAAGUUUUCAAGUUUGAUUUGGAUGUGGGAGCUACUGCAAAAGACUCCUUCGGAUCUCUGUCUGGAAAAUAUAAGAUGGACCUCAUUGUUGGAGACGCUGUCAUUCAGAAUCCUUUUGAGUGGAAUGUUGGAGUUCUUUCAUUAACGUUCAAUGAUGACCCAACCAAACCAGGCAAAGACAAAGAAAACAUGUACCACGCUAAACCAGAAAUUGAGCACAUGUUCCGUAUUCCAGAAAAGCGCCCUCCCAAAGCCGUUUCCACAGCUUUCACUGCCUUGGUGUUCCUUCCUCUAGCUAUUAUGCUGAUUGUUUGGAUAAAGCUCGGAGCUAACAUCUCCAAUUUUCCAUUUUCUCUUGGGGCAAUAGUCUUCCAUUUGGGUUUGGGAGCCAUAUUUGUCCUUUAUUACCUUUUCUUCGUCAGCCUGAACAUGUUCACCACUCUUAAACUCUUGGCUCUCAUUGGUGGUCUCACAUUCCUGGGCGGUAACAGUCUCCUGAGCAACAUCGCGGCCCGCCGGGGAAAACGUUCAGCUACGGAAAAGAAUUAGGCUCGCUUUAUAUUGUUCAUUUUUACGAAGUGUUCAUUGUGCAAUAAAGUAAUUCUAUAAAAUAA